GGAGCGGAGCGGAGCGGUGCGGAGCCGGGGAGCGGCGGCGGCGGAGCCUUACGCGGGUGGCCCCCGCCUGGCGCGGAGCGGGGCGGCGAGGAGCGGAGCGCGGCGGCUGCUGCCGCUGCCCGGAUGCCAGAGGCGCCUCCGGAGCCGGCGGCCGGCGGCACCCGGGAGGGCCCGGGGAAGGAGGAGGAGGAGGAGGAGGAGAAGGAGGAGGCGGCAGAGGAGGAGGACUCCGGGCGCGGAGGGGAGGAAGCAGGCAGCGCUGGCCAUGGCCUCCAACUUUAACGAUAUAGUCAAGCAGGGCUACGUGAAAAUCCGCAGCAGGAAGCUGGGGAUUUUCAGACGAUGUUGGCUGGUUUUCAAGAAGGCUUCCAGUAAAGGGCCCAGGAGGCUAGAAAAGUUUCCAGAUGAGAAGGCAGCAUAUUUCAGGAACUUCCACAAGGUAACUGAGCUGCACAAUAUCAAAAACAUAACUAGAUUGCCUCGAGAAACAAAGAAGCAUGCAGUGGCAAUUAUCUUUCAUGAUGAGACGUCAAAGACAUUUGCGUGUGAGUCAGAAUUAGAGGCAGAGGAAUGGUGCAAGCACCUUUGCAUGGAGUGUCUAGGAACCAGGCUCAAUGAUAUAAGUCUUGGUGAACCAGAUUUGCUUGCUGCUGGAGUCCAGAGAGAACAAAAUGAGCGAUUCAAUGUAUAUCUUAUGCCUACACCAAAUUUAGAUAUCUAUGGGGAAUGUACAAUGCAGAUCACACAUGAAAACAUCUAUCUCUGGGACAUCCACAAUGCCAAGGUCAAGCUGGUCAUGUGGCCUCUGAGCUCUUUGAGGAGAUAUGGACGUGACUCAACAUGGUUCACAUUUGAGUCUGGAAGGAUGUGUGACACAGGAGAAGGACUGUUCACCUUUCAGACACGAGAAGGAGAAAUGAUAUAUCAGAAAGUCCAUUCUGCAACACUGGCAAUAGCAGAACAACAUGAAAGAUUAAUGAUGGAGAUGGAGCAGAAGGCACGGCUCCAAACCAGUCUGUCUGAACCAAUGACAUUAUCCAAGUCAAUCUCACUUCCUCGAAGUGCAUAUUGGCAUCAUAUCACCCGGCAGAACAGCGCUGGAGAAAUCUACAGUUUACAAGGUCACAGCUUGGGCUCUGCAAAGGUGUCCCGGGCACAGACAUUUCCCAGCUACCCCUCAGAGCAGGGCGAGGAGCACCAGCAGUCCCUUUCCCUGGCCAGCAGCUACACCUUCAACUACAGCUCAGGCCUUGUGCAAUGACAGCUGGGGACAGAUGGCCAAGAGAGACAGUCAAGCCUGGAACCUGCUGCCAGGGCCAGGGAGCAGCGUGUGCCCUCCACACCCACAACUCGCCAUGAAAACUGAAGCCUACCAGCUCCAGCCUGACCACCAUGUAGAUGGGAACCUGGAGAGGCGGCUUCCCUGAAGCAGAGGCUAAGUCUUUAUUUAUUUUGCCGUUCCUUCUGUUAAUAUGUUUAGGAAGGAGGGGGAGGGGUGGGAGGGAUGGGGGGGGGGGGGGGGGCAAGCAUUCGUGUUGUAAGACAGUGGUUAAAACAAAUGAAACUGUGUUGGUGUGAAGGUUUCUGCAUGACCGGAGAAGGUCCUGUCACAGGGCUCCAUCACAAUGACGCAUUUUACAUCAGGGUCUUCCUACCCAUCUCCAUCAGCAGGUUGGCCCAUCCUCACUGGUGACAUGUUUAGGUCCCUGCUGCAGCCCACUGACUCCAGCUGGAUUCACUGAAAAGUUGCCAAUGGAACAAGCAGCGUAAGCACUGCAGGUGUUGCCUUUAAAGCCAAGCAGGGUUGCUAAUUGCCAUAGGGGGCCUGGUGGUUUUUUGAGUCAGACUCCAAUAAAUAGUAGCAAGUUAAUUCUGUUUGUUGAGAACAGAAUUUGAUGUGUUAAGAUAAGGUUAUUGCCUAGUACAUCUUUUAAAUUCUUUAAAUUCCUGGGGCACAAAUUCAGCAAUUAUUAAUAUGCACAUAACUUUCAUGAAUGCCUAUAAGAGCUGUGAAUGUUCAUGUAAGCAGAAAAGUCUCAUCCUUAGAACUGCCAAGAAGUCUUCUAAUCUGCAAUUGAUUUAAGUAUCCAUGCUUGCAAGAAUAACUUUAAAAAAAACAGAAAAACUGUUCUUCAAAAUAAUAACUGUGGGCUGCAUCCCUGGCUGGCAAUCUCCUGUUCCAUGAUUGGACCAGACAUGGUCCAGAAGUUGAGCUCUGGUCUUUUUUUUUUCCUCUGGUCAGCUUUCCUUUGAUUUUCUCUGUUUCAUUCUCAGCUUUCUGUUUUAGAUGCACAUCGUAUCUUGUAUGAUCACAUAUCAAGCAUC